AUGAUGCAGGAAAAAUGGAAAAUGUUACCCCUGCACAUCCAGAACAUUCACGUCAAUCAGAGCAGCGAACUCUACAAAGAAUGUGGACAUGGUGAACUAGAGGGAGAAGCAAGGGAUAGACUUUGGCUUCAACCAGGUUUGUAGACAAAAAAAAAAUGACAUCCAGUAACUCCUCUAUUGCCAUCUCAAGUUACAGAAUAGAAGGCUACAUUUUCUGUCAGAAUCAAGGAAAACCUUUCAAUUAGAAUAAGGGCAGUGUCAUUAACACUGCUUAUAGGACAGAAAAGGUGUCCACUAAUUCACUAAUCAGGAAAUUAAAAUGAACCACCCUAAAAAAAAACGACAAAACGUUAUAACGUGACAAGAAAAAAGGCACAUAUAUACAAACAUUUACAAACAGUCACCUUUAUGUGCGGGAAUUUUGACUACAACUAGGUCCUCAAUUUCACAGGCUCAACUGCUGCUGUCAAGCUCGAGGAGCUGGUAACAAAGCCCCAACUGCUGAAGGACAUUUCUCAGCUGUCCCCUAAGUACCAGACUUCCGCCCUUGAAGCCAAACAUAGCCUUGAUCUACACUUCGUCCCAAAACAUACCGCUUUCUCGUACUGGGGGAUGUACACAAGGUUUGUGUCUCUAAUGGAUUAAUAGUUACCAUAAUAAACUUUUGAGAUUGGUCUAUUGUUUUCCUUUAAUUUUUCUUUUUCAGUAUUAUUUUCUUCUUCUAAGCUAUGGACUCUUUCCUUUUACUUAAAGUUAGCCUAAUGGUUCUUUCCCAUCCCCUCUAAAAAUAUGAACUUUUCAGACUGUGCCUUUCUGCUCUGCACUACAAUGAAAAUGCUGACAGGAUGCAAGCUGUAACUGUAGAUGGGAGACCACGCUAUGCCAUCAGGUUUCCUAAAGCCAAACACGGGGGAUAUUCAGUGAGAGAAGUUAAAACAAAAGCAACCUAUGGUGGGUAAAUAGUUAUAACAUAGCCUGUGUAAAGUCCCCCCCCCUGCCUUGGUAAAAAAUGGAGAAGGGGCCCAUUGUCAGCUUUUUACUGAGGGGAGGGGGGUCUGUACACAGGAUAAAAAUUAAAUUGCUGUUCUGUAUUUUUUGAGAUCAUUUGUUAAGGCAACCAUUAUCUGCAGCCACAUUUGCUUAUGGUAAAAAUGAUUUUAACAUAGCACAGUAACCUGUGAAUUUCAUGGCACACAGAUAGAUAUGACAUCUAAAUGAAAACAUUUCAAUAACUAAACUUGAGGUUCACUCCUACAGUAUUACGUACCUUUUUAUUUUAGGUUAUUGCUCAAGUACCAUAACCAAAGUCUUUGCCGGCUAUGAAGACAAUUCAAGGGCCUUAAAGACCUACAUGUUGAACCUGCAAGUGAAUACCCCACCACCACUUGCUGCAUCCAUAGAGAGACCCAACAGAGAGGAGGCAAUAAAUUCUUUCAUUAGCAGAUACAAUCGUUCCAGCCUAGUCAACUAA